GUCUCCGGGUCCGAGACGCGGAAGCCCGAGCGAGAUGGGCGCGCCGGGCCGGGUCCUGCUGUGGCUGCAGCUCUGCGCGCUGACGCGGGCCGCCUACAAAUUCUGGGUCCCCAACACCGACUUCGACGCCGCCGCCAACUGGAGCCAGAACCGGACCCCGUGCGCGGGCGCCGCCGUCGAGUUCCCCGCGGACAAGAUGGUGUCAGUCCUGGUGCGAGAAAGUCACAGCAUCUCGGACAUGCUCUUGCCGCUGGACGGGGAAUUCGUCCUGGCCUCAGGAGCUGGAUUCAGCGCCCUGGACAUCGGCUCGCACCUGGACUGUAGCACAGGCGGCCCUGCGCUCUUCCGCGACCCCGACCGCUUCUGCUGGCACGACCCGCGCCUGUGGCGCUCCGGAGACGCGGCGCACGGUCUCUUCUCCGUGGACGCCGAGCGCGUGCCCUGCAGCCACGACGACGUCAUCUUCCCGUCCGACGCCUCCUUCCGGGUGGGUCUCGGCCCGGGCGCCGGCACGGUGCGCGUCCGCAGCGUCCGGGCUCUGGGCCAGACGUUCACGCGCGACGAGGACCUGGCUGCUUUCCUGGCGUCCCGCGCGGGCCGCCUGCGCUUCCACGGGCCGGGCGCGCUGAGCGUGGGCCCCGAGGCCUGCGCGGACCAGUCGGGCUGCGUCUGCGGCCACGCCGAGGUGCAGCCGUGGAUCUGCGCAGCACUGCUCCAGCCCCUGGGUGGCCGCUGCCCCCAGGCUGCCUGCCGAGACCCCCUCCGGCCCGAAGGGCAGUGCUGCGACCUCUGCGGAGCCAUCGUAUCGCUGACCCAUGGCCCGGCCUUUGACCUGCAGCGGUACCGGGCGCGGCUGCUGCACGCCUUCCUGGCUCUGCCCCAGUAUCAGGGGCUGCAAAUGGCCGUGUCCAAGGUUCCGCGCCAGCCCCGGCUCCGCGAAGCCUCAGGCGCGAAGACAGACACGGAGAUCCAGGUGGUGCUGGUGGAGACCGGCCCCGAGACCGGCGGCGCGGGGCGCCUAGCCCGGGCCCUCCUGGCGGACAUCGCGGAGCACGGCCAAGCCCUCGGGGUCCUAUCGGCCACCGCUCGAGAGUCGGGCGCGCCCGUUGGGGGCGGCUCGGCGGCGGGGCUGAACGCGCCGGGGCCGCGCGCGGGGCUGGCGGGCGGCCUGGCGGCCGCGCUGCUCCUAUUACUGCUGGCGUUGCUGGCGGGGGCGCUGCUGCUGCGCCGCGCGGGGAGGCUCAGGUGGAGGAGGCGCGACGAGGCGGACCCCGCGCCGGCUGGGGCGCCCGUGGGCUUCCACAACCCUGUGUUCUACGCGGCGGACCCGGCGGAGGCGCUCCCCGCCCCGCAGCUGGACGUCUGGAGCUCCAGCCGCAGCUACUUCGUUAAUCCGCUCUUUGGCGAAGCCGAGGCCGAGGCCUGAGCGGCCGCGGAACCUGCCCCCGCCCCCGCGCCGGCGUCGCAGGCCCUGCGGGAUACCCUCUGCUGGCCAAGGACAGGGUGUCCUUGCUCAAUAAAGGGCUUUCCCGCACCUGCAGUCAGCCGUGGACACAC